AUUUUCUCGAGCAGAUCUCAAAUUAGGGUUCCUUUCGUCGAACCAUCCAUGGAUAACGGUAAACGAGACAGAGAAGACAUGGAAGUCCAAACCACACCACGUAAACCCCGCGUCCUCCUCGCCGCGAGCGGAAGCGUCGCGGCCAUAAAAUUCGGAAACCUCUGCCACUGUUUCACAGAAUGGGCCGAAGUAAAAGCCGUCGUCUCGAAGUCAUCUCUCCACUUCCUCGACAAGCUCUCUCUCCCAGGGGAAGUCACUCUCUACACCGACGAAGAAGAGUGGUCGAGCUGGAACAAGAUCGGAGAUCCCGUGCUCCACAUCGAGCUUAGACGCUGGGCUGACGUCAUCGUCAUCGCUCCUUUGUCUGCUAACACAUUAGCUAAGAUUGCUGGUGGGUUGUGUGAUAAUCUGCUCACGUGUAUUAUUCGAGCUUGGGAUUAUAGUAAACCGGUUUUUGUUGCACCAGCGAUGAAUACUUUGAUGUGGGAGAAUCCUUUUACGGAGAGGCAUCUUUGUUCGCUUGAUGAGCUUGGAGUCACGCUUAUUCCUCCGAUUAAGAAGAGAUUAGCGUGUGGUGAUUAUGGUAAUGGUGCGAUGGCUGAGCCUUCUUUGAUUUAUUCCACUGUUAGGCUCUUUUGGGAGUCUCAGGCUCGUCAGCUAAGUGGUGGAACAAGUUGAAAUAAGUUGGUUGGUUCUGUUUUUUUUUAGUUUGUAAUGCUUUUGUAUUUGUAUGAAUAUUUAAGUUUAUUGCCCUAGCUGUUUGGUUC